AUGGCCAGCUCAGCUCGGAGGCCUUUGGUCUCUUUUUCCAUUUGCUCGUCGAGAAGCCUGAGAGAAUUUUUCUCCUCGGCAACUAGAUGUAAAGAAUGCAUUUCUGCAUGGACAUCUACCGGAGGAGGUGUACAUGAGAGUCACACUACACUAAUUUCAGAAAUCACUGAUAAACUAGGUAAGGAGUUUGCUAUGAAGGACCUUGGCCCUUUGCACUUCUUCUUAGGUAUUGAGGUCACCUACUUUACUGGAGGCAUUCAUCUGAAUCAGAGUAAGUAUACUGCAGAAUUACUUUCCAAGACUAGCAUGGCACUUGCUAAGCCAAUAAGCACACCUCUAGCACAGAAGCAUGGUCUACAAGAAGCUGUGGAUAAUCCAGUUGAUGUUUCACUAUACAGAAGUAUUGUUGGUAGUCUGCAUUAUUUGACUCUCACAAGGCCAGACAUAGCUCAUGCAGUAAAUUUAGCAAGUCAGUUCAUGUAA